UCAAUUAUCAUUGGUAAGGAUACCACUGAUAAGGAAUAUUAAUUUCUCCAGAGUAAUCUCCUCCUAAAAUCGAUCAGAAAAUGGUUGAGGCACCUUCAUCUCCAAGGAGUAUUUCGGCUCACAUUAGUCUUACUGAAGCGCUCGCGAAAAAGGCGUCGAAGGCUAAGACAAUGGUGACUAAACCCAUUCGUCCCAGUACUGCCGAGAUGGUGAAUACUGCAAUUGAAAAACUGGCAGAACGUAAUGGAUCAUCACUCCAGGCCAUCAAGAAGUAUCUGGUUGCCCACUAUAAGCUCAAUAUGGACAGGCACUCUCACUUCAUUAAGAGAUACUUGAAGUCAGCAGUGACGUCUGCAACCCUGGUGCAGACCAAGGGAAAAGGGGCUGCUGGAUCAUUCAAGCUUGCUGCGAAAAAACCCAGGGCAUCGAAGUCUACGCCUAAAGUAUCCAAGGAGGAACCAGCCAAGAAAACUCCGGUGAAAAAAACUGCAAAAAAAACAGCAGCUCCUAAGGCUAAAUCAGCUUCUCCGAAGAAGGCACCAGCGAAAAAAUCUACUCCAGCCAAAUCUGUAAAGGCAAAAGCUGAAAAGCCUAAACCCAAGAGUCCGUCCAAAGUGAAAAAAACCAUCAAAGGACCAACUGCUAAAGCUAAGGUGCCCAAGCCCAAGAAGACGACCACUACUGCUAAGGCGAGAAGCCCUAGCAAGAAGCCUGCUCAGAAGAAAUGAAUUCCUAUUUAUUUUAAUCGAUGUUCAUCGUUACAAAACAAAUCGGCCCUUUUCA